AUGGCGGAAGGAGUUCUUUUUGACCUCAAUGACACAGUUUCGACAAUCAGUGAUGUGCUUCUGGAUGCUGAGGAGCAGCAACAGCACAACAAUCAAGUCAAAGUGUGGCUGAACAGGCUGAAGGAUGCUAUUUAUGAUGCAGACAACUUGCUGGAUGACAUCUCCACUGAAGCUUUACGACGGGAGGUAAUGACACAGAAUAAGAAGGCAAAAGAGGUACGCAUUUUCUUUUCCAAAUCAAACCAGCUUGCAUAUGGUUUUAAAAUGGGUCGUAAGGUUAAGGCAAUGAGGGAUAGGCUAGAUGCCAUCGCAAAGGAUAGGGGGUUUCACUUAGAUGAACGUCAUGUAGAGACACAAGUGGUUGGUUAUGGGAUGAGAGAAACUUAUUCUUUUGUACGUGAUGAAGAAGUCAUUGGGAGAGACUACGAUAAGGAUAAGAUUAUAAAAAUUCUUUUGAAUUCCAAUGUUGAAGAGAGUGUUUUGAUCCUUCCGAUAGUUGGACUUGGAGGACUAGGAAAGACCACAUUAGCUCAACUCAUAUUCAAUGAUGAAAAAAUCCAAAAUCAUUUUGAGCAAAGGCUUUGGGUGUGUGUCUCUAAUGACUUUGAAGUAGAAGUAAUUGUUAUGAAAAUUUUAGAGUGCACAAAAAAUAAGAAACCAGAAAACCUUGAAAUAAACACAAUGAUUAAUGAUUUUGAGAAACAAAUUGAGGGAAAGAGAUACCUACUUGUGUUGGAUGAUGUACGGAAUGAGGAUCCUCAAAAAUGGCAAAGCCUAAAAGAUCUUUUAAAGGGUGGAGCAAGAGGUAGUACAAUAUUAGUGACUACCCAUGACAUUAAUAUAUUGGCAAAGAUUACCCAAACGGUUCAACCAUACAUGUUAAAGGGUCUAGAUGAUGAAAAGUCUUGGUCUUUAUUUAAGCGGUUCGCAUCUGCAAAAGGGCAAGACUUAGAAAAUUCAAACAUCAAGGCAAUUGGAAUGGAAAUUGUUGCGAAGUGUAAAGGAGUCCCUCUUGCCAUAAGGACUUUAGGAAGCGUAUUGUACUUUAAAAACCCAGAAAAAGAAUGGUUGUCUUUUAAGGACAAUGAACUUUCAAAAGUAGCUCAAAAAGAAAAUAAUAUCUUACCAACACUUAAGUUGAGUUAUGAUCAUCUUCCAUCAUAUUUGAAGCAAUAUGAAGACAUUCAUGAGAAAACUCUUCAUGUGUCAUUUGAUCGAACGUUUCUCUCAUUAUUGGGAAUUCCAGUCUCAUUUUUUAAGUUCAUACGCUUGUUGGAUCUACAUGGUAUGGGUAUUGAAACAAUUCCAAAUUCUAUUGGAAAGUUGAAUCAUUUAAGGUAUCUCUAUCUAUCUCAUAAUCACAUAAGGAUGCUUCCUAAUUCCAUCACAAGAUUGCAUAAUUUGCAAACACUGAGACUAAGUAGAUGUCCAAUUAAAGAAUUGCCUAAAGAUAUUAACAAAUUAGUCAACCUCAGAUAUCUUGAGAUCAAUGGUUGUCCGUUGACCUAUAUGCCACAUGGAUUGAGGCAGUUGACUAAGCUUCAGACAUUGUCACAAUUUGUGAUAGGCAAGAAUAGCUAUUUAGCUUUCAAGCAUAACAGUGGAUUGAAAGAACUCUAG